GAGAGACACAUUCGGGAGAGACAGGAGACGGAACUCUGUGUAGCUGCUGGUCUAGGAAAGGCAAAAACGCUUAAAAUCUCUUCACUCUUUCGUAAGAUCUUUUUUCUUCCCUUCCAAUUUUACGUUUUUAAUCAUUUCUUUCCAGUUUUAUUCUCCUUAAUCUCAUAAUGUAAUCCCACAUUCUUCAUUUCUUGCACUUUUCAUCUUUGUUUCCCCUUAAUUUCCCCUUUGUUUCAUAUUUAGAACUUUUGGGGGUAAGAUUUAGUUCAAAUUCAGCUCCCUUGAGGGAUUUUGCAAAAUUAGGGCUUUUUCGGGGGGACAUGGGUACCCUUUAGGGUUGAACUUCUAAAGGUUUAAUUUUGAAGGGAAUUAUUGCUUCUUUGGGUGUUCUUGGUUAGUGGGCUGAGAUAGCCCGGAAUUUACUUUUUUGCGGAUGUUUUAGAUCUUGAUGAAUAUUUGAUAUUUCCCGGAGAAUUAGAUUAGUGAUGUCCAUGAAUGGGAACAAUCCCCCAAAAGGCCUUGGGGCGUCUUCGUCGCCAUUUGGAAACACGGGGAUGGAGCCUCCUUAUAUGCCUGGAAACCCUGGAUUCUCACAAGCACAGCACAGUGCUGGUUUGCAAGCUCAAUAUCAGCUAUCCCACGCUCAGGCUCUUACUCAGGCUCAGUCGAAAGCUCAGGCUCAUGCUCAACUCCAAGCACACUUACAAGCUCAAGGUUUGUCCCUUAACCAGGCUCAGAAUGCUGGCAUUGGGAAUUUAGGUUUGUCUUCUCCGUACAUGUCUACUCCUGGCAGUGCAAGUGCAAAGAGGGUCCUUCAAAAAUCCCCCAUGCUCCCUCCUGUUGUUCCUAUGAUGAACACAAUGUCACCUUUGCGAACAAUGGAACUUGCAUCUGCUGCACGAAGAAAGAAGCAGAAGCUUCCUGACAAACAACUACAAGAUAGAGUGGCAGCAAUUCUUCCCGAAUCUGCUUUGUAUACCCAGCUUCUUGAAUUUGAGGCACAUGUCGAUGCAGCAUUAACUAGGAAAAAAGUUGACAUUCAGGAAGCACUUAAAAACCCACCUUGUGUUCAGAAAACUCUUCGCAUAUACGUUUUCAACUCAUUUGCUAAUCAGAUCAAGACUAUUCCUCAGAAGCCUAAUGCUGAGCCUCCCACGUGGACCCUUAAGAUUAUUGGGAGAAUCCUGGAAGAUGGAGUAGAUCCAGAUCAACCUGGGUUUGUUAAUAAAACAAACCAUUUAUACCCAAAAUUUUCAUCUUUCUUCAAGAGAGUAACAAUUUCCUUGGACCAGAGACUAUAUCAAGAUAAUCAUAUCAUUAUAUGGGAGCAUGCUCGAUCGCCUACGCCUAAUGAAGGUUUUGAGGUGAAGAGAAAAGGAGAUAAGGAGUUCACUGUGAAUAUACGGUUGGAAAUGAGUUAUGUGCCUGAGAAGUUCAAGCUCUCUUCAGCUUUGAUGGAAGUCCUCGGUAUUGAGGUUGACACACGCCCCAGAAUUAUAGCUGCAAUUUACCAUUAUGUGAAGGCUAGAAAACUUCAAAAUACAAAUGAUCCGUCUUUCUUCAAUUGUGAUGCACAACUUUUUAAAGUUUUUGGGGAAGAAAAAGUGAAAUUUAUGAUGGUUCCGCAGAAGAUAUCACAGCAUUUGUCUCCUCCACCACCCAUACAUUUGGAGCACAAGAUCAAGCUUUCUGGGAAUAAUCCUGUUGGGACUGCAUGCUAUGAUGUCUUAGUGGAUGUUCCUUUUCCCAUACAGAGGGACCUCUCAGCUCUUUUGUCAAAUGCAGAGAAGAGCAAAGAGAUCGAGGCUUGUGAUGAAGCAAUAUGUGCCACCAUAAAGAAAAUUCAUGAGCACCGUAGAAGGCGAGCAUUCUUUCUAGGUUUCAGUCAAUCACCAGUGGAGUUUAUUAAUGCUUUAAUUGAGUCUCAGAGCCCAGAUUUGAAAAUGGCAGCUGGGGAAGCUAGUCGAAGUGCUGAAAAAGAACGACGAUCAGAUUUCUUCAACCAACCAUGGGUUGAAGAUGCUGUUAUACGUUAUUUGAAUCGCAGGCCAGCCGUUGGAAGUGAUGCUCCAGGAAGCACUUGAAUCAUGGCUCCGAAGUUUUGGUUGGGACCCAGUAUGUUCUUUCAUUGAUUUGAAUCAUGCAUCAACAGCAGACCCAUUCCUUACGGAAAUAGAAUUGUACUGUUGCUGGAUGGCAAUUGAGAGGGAUGUAGAAAAGGAAGUAGCUUGUGUAGGCAUAAAUAUCAUCAAACUUCAUUUUUUUAAGAGUAGAAAUUAGCAAGAAGAUGUUUUUAUUUCGUUAAAAAUAGUAAUUUAUAUAUGGUAGAUUCAUGGCUGCUUUCUUAGUUUGACAUCAAUGUUUCUUCUUGGUUUAUAUAAUGGAAAUGCAGUGUUUAUGAAUGUGGAUUGA